AUGCACAGGAUUUGAAUUCCCAAAGUCCCAGGAAAAUGGCUGUUUUCUGCUUCCUCUAAGUAGCCACCUUUCUCUCUUACAAAAUCAAGCCUCAAUAGAACAAAUUGGGAGAACGCAGCCUCAGAAACCAACUUCUAGGGUUUCACUCUAAAUUAAGGUGACCAUGUACAGAGCAGCUUCUCGACUUCGAGCUCUUAAGAGCAAUGUUGGCAAUUUGGGGGCUGUACGGUAUGCAGCUUCAAGUUCAGUUGCUACUAAGACAUCCUCAGGGGGGUUCUUUAGCUGGCUGACUGGGGGGCAAGGCGGGUCUCUCCCUCCUAUGGACUUCCCGCUUCCUGAUGUUUCCCUUCCACCUCCACUGCCAGAUUACGUUGAACCAAGCAAGGUUAAGUCAAAAACUCUUGAAAAUGGUGUCAGAAUUGUCUCAGAAGCAUUACAGAAUCCUGCAGCCUCCAUAGGAGUGUAUAUUGAUUGUGGCUCUAUCUAUGAGACACCCUUGUCAUGUGGGGCCACACACUUGCUUGAAAGGAUGGCAUUCAAGAGCACUAAGAACAGGAGCCACUUGCGUGUUGUUAGAGAAGUGGAGGCAAUAGGUGGUAACGUUGCUGCUUCAGCCUCUCGAGAGCAGAUGGCAUACACUUUUGAUGCCAUCAAGACCCACGUUCCUGAAAUGGUAGAAUUGCUCGUUGACUCUGUGAGAAAUCCUGCAUUCUUGGAUUGGGAAGUCAAAGAAGAGCUGAAAAAGAUAAAAGAUGAACUUGGACAGCUCUCUAGCAAUCCCCAAGGCUUACUACUGGAGGCAAUUCAUUCUGCUGCUUAUAGUGGUGCAUUGGCAAAUCCUCUGUUGGCUCCUGAAUCAGCAGUAAAUAGAUUAGAUGGUUUUAUUUUGGAGGAAUUUGUAUCUGAGCAUUAUACAGCUCCCCGAAUUGUCCUUGCAGCUUCUGGUGUUGAAUUUGAGGAGCUUAUAUCUAUUGCAGAGCCUCUUCUUUUGGACCUCCCUAAAGUGCAACGUCAUGAAGAGCCAAAAUCUGUAUAUGUUGGUGGAGAUUAUCGCCGCCAAGCUGAUUCACCGAUGACGCAUGUUGCUCUUGCUUUUGAAGUUCCUGGAGGCUGGCAUAAUGAGAAAGAAGCCAUUGUUUUGACCGUUCUUCAGAUGCUCAUGGGAGGUGGUGGCUCAUUCUCUGCUGGAGGGCCUGGAAAAGGGAUGCAUUCUAGAUUAUAUCUCAGAGUCUUGAAUGAGUAUCAAGAGCUCCAGUCUUUUUCUGCAUUCAACAGUAUAUUCAAUAAUACCGGGUUGUUCGGCAUCUAUGCUAGUACUAGCUCAGAUUUUGUGCCGAAAGCAGUUGACAUUGCAGUGGGAGAAUUACUUGCAAUUGCAGCACCUGGACAAGUUACCAAGUUACAGCUUGAUCGUGCCAAAGAGACCACAAAAUCUGCUGUACUGAUGAAUCUGGAAUCUCGAAUGAUCAUGGCAGAAGAUAUAGGGAGGCAGUUUUUGACCUACGGAGAAAGGAAGCCAGUUGAACAUUUCUUAAAGACUGUGGAUGGUAUCAGUUUGAAGGACAUUACAAACAUCGCACAAAAGCUUAUCUCCUCACCUCUAACAAUGGCAUCUUAUGGGGAUGUUAUUAAUGUCCCCAGCUACGACUCAGUUAGCAGGAAGUUUCAUGCGUAAUGAGGAAUUCGCAUCAUAUAUGCUUGACUGUGCCAUCAUCAUUGGACCAUGUGCGCAUAUUAUUUCAUUUCCUUUUGUUGCAUAUAGUUCAAAUAAAAACAAUCCAGGAAGAAAGUUUCCUAAAGAUAGGAGGAAGUACGACCCUGCCAUGGUUGUAACAUCCGGAUUGUCUUCGAUUUGUCUGAUCAAAAUUUCCAAAUUUGAAUGGGUCAUUUGAUGUUUAUCCAUGAUUAUUAAGUCAGAGAACUUCGAAAUUUUGCUUGUCCAUGUUUAACAUUACUUCCAACUUCUGGGGAAAAAUGAAAUGCAGCAAUAUGUAUGUUAAGUUUCAGUUCUCUUUCA